AUGGAACUGGUUGACGAGCAGGCGGAAACUGCACUCAAAGGCAGUAAUAAAGCCCAAUUUAAAGAGGGAUUUACUGAUGAGGUACAAUUGGCAGUUUCAUAAAGUUCCUGGGGCCUGUCCCACAAAGAAAGCGCAGUGCGAUUCACGAAUUGUAAAAUCAUGAAAAAGAGAGAGGGAGAGAGAGAGAGGUGAGAUAAGAAAGUGGUCCCUCUCGGAAAUCCGCUGUACGGUUUUUUUGUGCUAAAUACCGGCAAAUUUUUUACUUUAUUUGCCGUAACUUCUUGAAAUGACAUCCGAUUUACAUGACUUUAAAAACCCAUGAACAGAAAGGUAACUUUUUGAAAGACACACAGCCUCAAGAAAGUGUAAAUUUUGUUACCGAAAAAACAGCAUAAAUGGAGGCAUCAUCGGCGUCAAAAAUAGGUCUUGCACAGUGCUGGCGGCUUUUUUGUACUGUGUAAUGAACAAAAUUUUCGGCAAUUUCCCCAGUCGCCGCAUCGCGCAAACAUUCGGUGCCGCUUAUUUCCGGGGUUGCGAUUUUGAUGCGGCGGGGAGGGCGGUUCGCUUUCGGCCAGACGGAUUCUAGUCACACAAAACGGAAAAAAAAUCUACGCACUGAAACGGCGUACAGCUAUUAUAGUAGCGCCAUAAAGUCUAUACAAUUUAUUAGGCGGCGUCGCGGGGUGCGUACGCAAGUAAGUGAAUGUCGCUAGUGCAAAAAAGGAAGUCGCAGCGGCGAGGGUGCAAAAACGCACUGUGGAAGUCCUGCGGACUUUAUGACGUGACUAGUAGUCCCAAAGUAAAUGAGGGUGGUAAAAUUUCCGCCUUGCCUCUACCAAAGAGCACAGCAUUGCCAUAAAGGCGUCAAUUUUGUUGCGCGGAAGAGGCAGAAGCCUCCAACUCUAACGUGUUUUUUGUUGACAAUUCUCAGCGCGACCUAGUUCUUGGCCCUCCCGAAGAAAACCGUUUGGAGGCCAGUAUGCUUUGUGCCAGAUAAGAAUCGCAGAAAACAAAAUGCUUUUCACGUGUUUAGCCCCGCGGGGAAGGUUGGGAGCAACGUUGCAGCAAACCGUAUACCCCUUGACCUCGUGCAUUCCAUCCGAACCGCUGAUUAAAUCAGCCGCAGCAGCGUUCACAGGCAUAACUUGCGCAGCUGGGACCGUUCGAGAAAUGGCCUUGGGAAUGGCGAAAAGUCAAAAGUUGUUGCGAUUUUCGGAAAAAAAGGUUGUUUGUAUUACAAGGGAAAUACCCCGCGUACUAUUUCCCUAUAAUUUUGCACAAAUUUCAAGCAUAAGCCAUGUGAAAAUUCCUGCAAAGUUCGAAAUCGCGCUUGGCAGGCACCGCCGAUAUAUUCAAUGAUUUUUGCGGCCGAGAGAGCACGCGAAACGCGGAGAGCGGAGGAGGAAAGAAACACUUUUUGGCUCUAUACCCCUUCCAGUUUUCUACGAAAAAAGUCUAUUUUGAGCUAGGAUUCUCGCAUAUAUUUUAGGAAAAAUUAUUCUCGAUCUACCCGCAGGCUAUUGCCAUCGACACCUUCACAGGUGGCCAUAACCGACCCAAGCGGUUCCAAACUUCUUGUGGCCCAGGGUACAACGCCUAUGCGCCCUCCGACCUUGAUAAAUAUUGCUUACUGACGAAGGUUAUGCUAGCUGGGAAUGCUAUGCAUGACGAAGCGCACCGUUUGAUUGUAUCUUAUCGGGUUUUGACAGGUAUUUGCAGGGAUUUGACGCUUCAGUCGGGUAACGGACUAAAGCUCAACGUUCAGCUUGCCACCACCUUUCGCCUUGAAGAAAUCGGACUCUUUGGUCCGAUUCCUUUGGUCUCCUUGCUCUUUGAUGGGUUUUUUUCGGCAGAUGAAUAUCAUGUUGUUGCACUUUGCUUUUUGACUCCUGCCAUCAAAGAGAAAGUAGGUGAGCAACGAAGAAAAUGGCACAAAUUCUUGAAAUUCUGGUGGAUGCAGAAGCCAGCUGCCGCACACAUCAAUCCAGCUGACUUUCUGAACCGUUUUCGUCCAUACACCAUCGAUUCAGUUGAAUUUAUUUUACUAAUCACAUGUAAAAAUCAUGGAGUGAAUACUUUGUAUUGUCCAAUCAAUGAAACAUCCUUCCGUCGCUGGUUAUCGUGCUUUGGUCCUUCUUAUACUGGGGCAUUCUGUGUGUAG